UAGCGUGGUUUUUGAAGACGAACAAAGAACAAACGACGAUGGGUGAAGCCGUGAAGGAUGGAAGAGAAGAAGUGAUUCAGGCAUGGUACAUGGAUGAUAGCGAAGAAGAUCAGAGACUUCCUCACCACAAGGAUCCUAAGGAAUUUAUCUCCUUGGACAAACUUGCAGAGCUUGGAGUACUUAGCUGGAGACUUGAUGCUGAUAACUACGAGACCGAUGAGGAGUUGAAAAAGAUCCGCGAGUCUCGUGGUUACUCCUACAUGGACUUUUGUGAGGUAUGCCCUGAGAAGCUUCCAAAUUAUGAAGCGAAAGUAAAGAGCUUUUUCGAGGAACAUUUGCACACUGAUGAAGAGAUCCGUUACUGCGUUGCAGGAAGUGGCUACUUUGAUGUGAGGGAUCGCAACGAAGCUUGGAUCAGAGUUUGGGUGAAGAAGGGAGGAAUGAUAGUCUUGCCUGCUGGAAUUUAUCAUCGCUUCACCGUGGAUUCAGACAACUAUAUCAAGGCAAUGAGGCUUUUCGUGGGUGAACCUGUGUGGACACCAUACAAUCGCCCACACGACCAUCUUCCUGCAAGGAAAGAGUAUGUCGAUAACUUCGUGAAGAAUGCCGUCAACGCAUCUGCUUAGAGAGAGAGAGAGUGCUCUCUAUCCUACAUCUAAAAAGCAAGAUCUAUAAACUUGGCCUACAAUAAAGAGAGAUUUCUUUUGAAGUCUUGGAUAUCUUCUAUAUAUGGAUGUGGAGAAUUUGGUAUGCAUGUGUUGUAAACUUAAUUACACUCUCUGUUAGUCUCUAUUUAUCAUCUUUGACGUGUCCUUUUUAUGAGAAAGACACUAUGAUCAUAUAUAUUUUUCCUACAUAUGUUUCUUUGUCACCUCUGUUACAACAAAAUAAAACCUAAAAAUUGUUGUUUGUUGCCG